GAAGCUUCAGCACUCUGGCGAAAGUUUCAACGAAUGUUGGAAGAGUUUUCUGUGCGGGAGCCGGAGACUUAUUAUAUCCGAGCAGCGGAUGAACAUACAUCUAUUAUGGGAAGUUUAUCCACUAGUACUUAAACUCAGGUGAUAUAUCGUUAGUAUGUUAUGUAAAGUAAGUAUUAAGUCAGAACAGAGUUUGACAUGAUUUUUAGUACCGCACCGAGUUCCAGUAGGUUGACCGGCGUCUCCUCAACAUGACAUUUCUGAUUCAACUUGAAUGAAUGAAUAUUUAAGAUUCUAAAAAUUUCUGAACGCGGUUGAAUCGAGUGAAAAUGGGUGAUGAAUCAAAGUCAAUGGACGGAGAGUUGAAUGAUAAUAAAUAUUUCUCAAAAACAGCCGUAACUGAUGCUGAGGUGAGUUUUGAACAUCACAGACCACCGCCGGAAACACGUUUAUAUAAAAAGAGAUGGAUUAUAGUGUGUUUAUUCAGCUCAUAUUCGCUGUGUAACUCAUAUCAAUGGAUUCAAUAUGGAAUCAUCAACAAUAUCUUCAUGCGCUUCUACAACGUGGACACUUUCACCAUUGACUGGAUGUCCAUGAUAUACAUGUUGACGUACAUUCCUCUCAUUUUUCCCGUCUCGUGGCUCUUGGAUAAAAAAGGUCUGAGGGUCAUCGCGCUCGUGGCCGCGGCUCUUAAUUGCGCGGGCACGUGGAUCAAGGUGGCCAGCGCGAGACCGGACCUUUUUCCGGUGACAUUUUUGGGUCAGUUCACGUGCUCCGUGGCUCAGGUGUUUAUUCUCGGGAUGCCCUCGCGCAUCGCAUCGGUGUGGUUCGGAUCGGAUGAGGUGUCCACUGCGUGCUCCAUCGGGGUCUUCGGAAAUCAGUUGGGGAUUGCCAUCGGCUUCCUCGUUCCACCAAUACUGGUUCCAAAUGUGGACGAUCUGGACGAGUUAGCGUCUCACAUCAGAGUCAUGUUCUACAUCACAGCAGGUGUGGCCACAUUCCUGUUUGUGUUGGUUGUCAUCGUGUUUCAGGAGCGUCCAGAGAUCCCUCCCACCCAUGCUCAGGCCGCGGCUCGGCAGAUUUCUCCGGAGAGCUACUCGUAUACAGCCUCCAUCUUCAGGCUGCUCCGCAACAAAGCCUUCAUCCUCCUCGUCAUCACUUACGGGCUGAAUGUUGGCUGUUUCUAUGCUGUCAGUACGCUUCUCAACCGAAUGAUCAUUGAACACUAUCCUGGAGAGGAGGUGAACGCCGGCAGGAUCGGACUCACCAUUGUGAUCGCAGGCAUGGUGGGUUCCCUCAUCUGUGGAAUCUGGUUAGACCGAUCUAAGACAUACAAACAAACCACUCUAGCUGUGUAUCUGAUGUCCCUUGUGGGUAUGGUGAUUUAUGCUUUUACCUUGGAUUUGGGUCACCUCUGGGUGGUCUUUAUCACAGCGGGAACCCUCGGGUUCUUCAUGACGGGUUAUCUUCCCCUCGGUUUUGAGUUUGCCGUUGAGUUGACUUACCCAGAGUCUGAGGGGACAUCUUCAGGGCUUCUAAACUGCUCUGCACAGGUAUUUGGGAUCAUAUUUACGAUCUGUCAGGGGAAAAUCAUGGAUUCGUUCAAUACGCUUGCUGGAAAUCUCUUCCUGUGUGCCUUCCUGCUGAUAGGAACCUUCAUUACAGCCUGUAUUAAGUCAGAUCUGCGCAGACAGUUGGCAAACCAGCAAGCACUGGCAGCUGCAGCGUUGGGCAGGUCAGACGUUCAGGAUCACAGUGGGACGUCUCUCCUCCCCUCCUCACACAUGUGAUCAAUCAAUCACUGCCUGAUUUUAUUGCUCACUGUGGUUCAGGGCCAUUUGGAAACAUCACCAGCACAAGCUUUUGAAGCCAAACUCUAAUGUGAUCAUGGAACGGAUUGUGUAGCAUUUCUCAUUUUUGUUUGACACUGUUUAUCUUUUAUAGUUUGUAACCAGCCUUGAAUUUGAGUUCUUUUGUGACAUUUGAAUCAGGAUGUAUUAUGUGUGUUUGUGUUUUUAUUUGUAUUGUGUCUAGCCUUUAUAACAGCCAGGGACUGAUCAAGUGUUUGUUUGAUCAUAUGGUGUGAUCAUUUGUGUUUAACUGAUCACUAAUCAUCUCAUUAGGACAUAUUCUAAUUUUAAACUAGUUUAUCAAUUUCUCAUUUAAAUUAUUAAUGUUAACAUUUUUCUUGCAACAUUUUUUUAUGGAAACUUAUAGAAAAAAAAAUCUGCAGUGAAGCCCAUUGGAACGUGGAAUGUUUCAGUAUUAUUUUAACUUGAUAUAAACCAAAUCCGUUUCCAAAUCUAUGCAGUAAUAUGUAAUGAAUAACUGUUUCAGUAUUUUUAUACGGUUUUGUAUUGUGACCCUACUUAAAGUACUAUAAGUCCAUCUGAACAAAUUGUAAUGAAUAAAACAACUCUAACAUCUAAA